GCACAAGCAAUAUUGGGAAAAAUGUCUGAGAAUCUUCUUUCCUGACCAAUCAUAUCUGAUAGAUCCGCAAGGAGUCGAGUGUCCAAGUGAUUUUUCCCAAUACUGGGUACAAUAUUCUGAAUUUUCAGAUGGCCUAUCA